AUGUCGCCGCUUCCUCUGUCCAAGGCCCUCAGCGUCUCGUCGGCUGCCGAGCACAAGCAGAUCGCGUCUGCCGAGACGGCCGCGACGACCUUUGUCAACUGCCACAUCGUGGCACCGCCCUGCGAAGAGAGCGACCGCAAGCCCAUCGACUUGGUCGUCGUGCUCGACCGCUCGGGCAGCAUGAGCGGCUCCAAGCUCGACUUGUGCAAGCAGACGCUCGACUUCCUCGCGCACGAGCUCUCGCCCCACGACCGCGUCUCGCUCGUGACCUACGACACGUACGUGACGACGAACCUGCGCCUGACCAAGAUGACGCCGGCCGGAAAGGCGCUCCUCGCGUCCAAGGUCCAGGGCGUCCACGCCGGCUCGUGCACCAACCUCAGCGGCGGUCUCCUUGCGGGCCUUGAAGAAGUCCAGUCGUCGUCGCGGCCCGAUUCAGGCGAGCCCAACCCGGUGCAGUCGGUCUUGCUGCUCACGGACGGCCUUGCCAACGCCGGCAUCUCGUCGCGGAGCGGCCUCGUCGAGCUCCUCGAAGGCGUCUUGUCCAAGAACGUGUCGCUCUUCACCUUUGGCUACGGCUCGGACCACGACGCGGAGCUGCUGCGCGAGCUCUCGGACCUCGGACGCGGGUCGUACUACUUUGUGCAGAACCUCGACAGCGUCUCGCUCGCGUUCGCCGACUGCCUCGGCGGCCUCCUCAGCGUCGUGGCCCAAAACAUCAAAGUCGAGUGCGUCGCAGCCGCCAACGUCUCGAUCGCGAGCCUCAAGACCAAGCGGCCGGUGACGACAAACUCGCCCAGCACGUCCUACACCGUGGACCUCGGCGACAUGUACGCCGAGGAAGAGCGCGAUAUCCUGGUCCAGCUGACGCUCGCGGCGUGGCCGGCCGCCGACACGGACCAGCCGCUCGUGACGUUCAACGUCCGCUAUGCCAACGUGCUGACGUCGUCGCUCGAGACCACGUCGACAAGUGUCGCCGUCGGACGCCCGGUGACAGUGACGGACGCGUCGCUGGAUGCGCUCGUCGUGCAGCAAAAGCACCGCAUUGAGACGGCCGAAGCGCUCGAAGCCGCGCAGCAGGAAGCGCAGAAGGGCAACUUGAGCGGCGGCCAAGACGUCCUCCGCACGCUCAAGGCCAAGAUCAAGCGCGACGAAGCGUGCUUUGCGGACAAGAACGAGAGCUUCAAGAGCACGACGCUCAUCGACGACUUGGACGAGUGCUGCGCGGCGAUGGCAACCACGCACGUCUACCGCGAGCGUGGCAUGCACCGCAUGGCCGGCAAGAUGCAGUCGCACUGGGCGCAGCGCAGCAACGACGUCGAAGUCAACGUGGCUGACCUCUGCACGCCGCAAAUGGCGGCCAGCGCCAUGCCCGCGCCGAUGUCCAAGGCCGCCCGCUUCUUCUCGGCGCCCGUCAACAUGACCCCGUCCAGCGCGCCGCACACGAGCGCGAGCUAA